ACAGAGAAAAGAUGCGCUCUACCCCUGUGGAAGCAUCCGAAGCAGACAGAGCGAUAGAGUGCUAUUGUUGCCUACACAUUUAUCCGCUUCAUAGGAUAUGUCGACAGGCAGCUAUUUAUCCUUUGCCUAUGCAUUUUUUGUUGUUUGCGAUUACAUUGUAGGGUUUAAACUAUAACCCUUUAUUUUAGCAUGAGUCCACGAGAACGGAUAACCCGCUUUAAUCGGUGUUCUGCAUAUUCCCUGCUGAGUCUGUGUCUGUAUUUGACAGUCGUUAUCUGCUGUGUUGGGUCUGUUGUAUCUGGUCACGUAGAUGCUGCCGAGGAGCAGAGACCGAGCCCUCAGGAGAACAGCCACAGGAUAGAACACAGAGAGAGCUAUGAGAUUACCUAUCCACACUGGUUGCAGCCUGCAAGACACAGGAGGUCCGUCCAUGGAGAGAAGCAGCACCCGUCUGAGGCAGAGGUCCUCAUCACAGCUGAGGGAGAGGAGAUGACACUCCGUCUGCACAGGAAUGAGCAGUUAUUGGCCCCAGGAUAUCAGGAGAUAUGGUACAGUCCCAGUGGUUCCCGCCAGACCUCCAAUCCACCCAGCACUGGCCACUGUUUCUACCAUGGUGACGUCCGUGGUGUGGAGGGGUCAAGUGCAGCACUCAGCACCUGCUCAGGUCUCAGGGGACUGAUUACGGUCAACACCAGCGUCAGCUACCUGAUAGAACCCCUGCCCGCUGUCACCAUGGAUACACAGCCUCCUCACGCUGUGUUCCGAGCCAAGAACCUUCGUCUGCCUAACGGAACUUGCGGGAAUCACCAUAGCAACCAGGGCCAGGGGGAGGGUCUGGGUGACCUCAUCCGGGGAAUGAUGACGGCGCGGGGCGGAAGGGAGCGGAGAGACGUGGGCCAGAGUAUGAAGUAUGUAGAGCUGCUGCUGGUAGCUGACCAUGCUGAGUUUCAGAAGCACGGCGCGGACUUAAAUAGGACGAAGACGAAACUGCUGGAGGCAGCUAACUACGUAGACAAGUACUACAAGUCUCUAAGUAUUCGUGUGGCAGUGAUCGGUCUGGAGGUGUGGUCUGAUCAGGACAGGAUCAGUGUGUCUGGUAACCCCUACAGUACCCUGGGAGCGUUCCUGGCUUGGAGACGCAAACAGCUACACACACUACCUAACGACAACGCUCAACUCAUCACGGGCGUGGCGUUUCAGGGCACCACCAUUGGGCUGGCCCCUCUCAGAGCCAUGUGCUCAGAGUACCAGUCAGGGGGAAUCAACUCAGACCACUCUGACAGUGCUGUGGGCGUGGCAGCGACCAUGGCCCACGAAAUGGGGCAUAACUUUGGCAUGAGCCAUGACAGCCCUGGGUGCUGCCAGGCCAAGGCUGAUGAUGGAGGCUGCAUCAUGGCUGCUGCCACUGGCCACCCGUUCCCGCGUGUAUUUAAUGGCUGUAACCAUCGGGAGCUGAGCAGGUACCUGAGCUCCGGAGGGGGAAAGUGUUUGUUCAACCUCCCCAACACCAGAGCCAUGUACGGGGGACAGCGCUGUGGGAAUGGGUACCUGGAGGAUGGAGAGGAGUGUGACUGUGGAGACGAGAAGGAGUGUUCCAGUCCCUGCUGUAAUGCCAACAAUUGUACUCUCAAGGCUGGAGCAGAAUGUGCCCACGGAGUCUGCUGUCACAACUGUAUGUUGAAGAGUCCAGGUGUGUUGUGUCGUACUCCAACAGGGUCAUGUGACCUACCCGAGUACUGUGAUGGGAAGGCGGAGUCUUGUCCUGCUAACUUAUACCUGGUGGAUGGUACUUCCUGUGAUGGGGGGCGGGCCUACUGCUACACCGGCAUGUGUCUCACCCUGGAGCAGCAGUGUCAAUCACUCUGGGGGCGGGAUGGCCGUCCUGCUCUAGACCUGUGCUUUAAGAAGGUGAACGAGGCAGGAGACACCUUUGGGAACUGUGGCAAAGACCUGUUGGGGAAAUACAAAGGAUGCAGGGAAAGGGAUGCUAGAUGUGGUAAGAUCCAGUGUGUGAGUUCAGCCUCCAAGCCCCUGGAGACUAACGCUGUUCCCAUUGACACCACGGUCCGGGUGGGAAGCAAGAAGGUCCUCUGUAGGGGGACACAUGUUUACCGACCAGGCCAGGGGGACGAGGAACAGGGGGACACACUGGACCCAGGACUGGUCAUGACCGGGACCAAGUGUGGAGAGGACUCGAUCUGUUUCGGUGGAGAGUGUCGCAACGCGUCUUUCCUGAGGGCGGAUGAGUGCAAUGCCAAGUGCCAUGGCCAUGGGCUGUGUAACAACAACCACCACUGCCAUUGUGACUCAGGCUGGGCUCCUCCCCUGUGUGACCAGGAGGGGACAGGAGGGAGUGUCGACAGUGGACCUGUCAUCAACCACAGCAGUCUACUUCCUGUCCUGUUGCUCCUCCCCAUGGUUAUCUUUGUCCUAUUGGCUGCUGUGGGACUGUGGUGCUGCUACAACCAUAAACUACAUAAAAACCUUCCUCUGAAGACCUCAGUCCCACCACCCAAGACAAUUUGCCCAGUCAGUUGGCCAGUCCCUGCUGAAGCCAAACAUCUUCAAGCCAACAGUCUUGAAAACUGUCACCUUGACAACAGCCAUGCCAACGGCCAUGCCAACCCUGCCUUCCUACUGAAGAGACAGGGCUCAGACAGACUGAGUCAGCCCAGUCCUCGUCCCAGCCCCUCCACCAGAACCAGGCACGCUAUCUUCCGUCCGACUGUGAAACCCCCUCCUAUACCUGCUUACGCAGCCCAGCAGAGACAGUCUCAACCUCAGCUCCAACCUCAACCCCAGCUCCAGUCUCAACCUCAGCCCCAGUCUCAACCUCAGCCCCAGUCUCAACCUCAGCCCCAGUCUCAAUCCCAGCCCCAGUCUCAACCUCAGCCCCAGUCUCAACCUCAGCCCCAGUCUCAACCUCAGCCCCAGUCUCAAUCCCAGCCCCAGUCUCAAUCCCAGCCCCAGGCUCAACCUCAGCCCCAGUCUCAACCUCAGCCCCAGUCUCAACCUCAGCCCCAGCCUCAAUCCCAGCCUCAAUCCCAGCCCCAGGCUCAACCUCAGCCCCAGUCUCAACCUCAGCCCCAGCCUCAACCCUCCCUCCACCCCAAGCCCCCACCCUCCUUCCAGCCCAAGCCCCAACCCUCCUUCCAGCCCAAGCCCCAACCUUCUCUCCAGCCCCUGCCACAGCCCAAGCAUAAACCUCCCAUCCCCAGCUACCUAGCCCAGCGGAAAGGACCCCUUCCUCCAGCCAUCCUGCCCCCCAAGCCCCACUCAACACCUCACACACACAGACCUGACCCCCCCAACAGACCCGCACCCCCCUGCCCGCUCACCAAACCCAAAAUACCAUCAGUCGUGUUACAGAGAGGAAAGUCCAAUCUGGCGCCACCUGGUGGACAUAAGAAACCCAGCAGAUCCCAAAACAACAUCUCAGGGAGGAGACGAGGACCAACACUCGACAACGGAGCUCAGUGAGAUUACUGAGACAUCUAACUGGAAAUCUCUUCUCUCUCUGUGAGCUGCGCCUUUUCCCAAGGUUGUCCAAAGAGGAACAUCGCCGUCAGCCUUUAUGAAGAAAAUGACACUGUAGGAAAGCAGAGAGGAGGGCCACGGCUGGACACACAGGGACUCAGUCCAAAAUGACACUGUAGGAAAGGAGAGAGGAGGGCCACGGCUGGACACACAGGGACUCAGUCCAAAAUGGAACCCUAAAAGUAGUGCACUAUAUAGGAAAUAGGGUUCCGUUUCAGAUCUGUCCAGGGAUGCCAUUACUAUAGAAUUAUACUAAUGCUAGCCUGGUAGCCUCUGUUUGCCAGUCUCAGUAUUUGUAUUUCAUUCCAACAACAAAGACAAAGGAGUUGCCUGAUGAACAAACAUCUCUGGCUACUAGGCUAGCUGCCAGGCUAUGUCUUGCCUUACCACUUGAAACCAGGCGUCCUGUAUACUUGUAAUAUUUAAGAAUGGACUUUAUCGACUGAUUUAGUUCUUGUAGAUGGUACCUUAUACCAUGGGUUAACAGUAUCAUGUGUUGAUAUGCUGUUUCAGGUCUAUUUAUUUGCGACGCUUUAAAGCAAAGAGACUAGUGUUUAAAGUGGAUGUACUGUUUCUACAAGAGCACGAGUCUUAAGGGAACAUCUAAUGUUAAGAAAACGCCAUGUAUUGAAUGAUGCUUAAUGCUUCUAGUAUGUGAAUAAACGAUAGACUGGAAUUAUAAGGACACAGACAUGCAUGUUAUUAUUGCUACAUGUGUAUGCCUAAGAUGAAGGACAUCUGAAAUGUAGCAAUAACUAUUUGAAAAUGACAUUGUUUUCUUAUGACUGUUUUCUAAAUGUAUUUCCUGUAUAUUGCACUGUUCUUGUUGUGUUGGGUUCUAAAUUCAGCUUUUCUGACUGAAUGGAUAUUUGGACACCUGGAAGGUCUUUGUUCCUGUAUAACUACAGUAUGUUAUCUUUUGAAAUGUGAUGCACAGGACAGCAGAGUCAACACAAUUAUAGUCAGGCCCAUGAAAUGAAUUUAUAUCAAAUAAUCUGGUUUUCCUUGAUUGUUGAAAUUCACUAUGAGACCUAUGCAAACAGUGUGCCUUCAGUUUGAUUUGAAAUAAAGUGUUUAGAAACAGGA